GAUGGAUAAUGAUGAAUCGGACAUAACUUUAGAAUUUUCCUCAAAUUUUUUAAGCGAAAGAGUAUUGUCAUGUUCCGAACUUGGUAUUUAUAGUCUAGGAACGGAAAGUAGUCUAUAUGUUCUAGUGCCUCUUCUCGCCGAAUCAUUAAGCACAGACAAAAAAGUACGCUUUAGAAUUGACUCUUUCAAGCAUAAUGAUGGAAUUAUUAAAACAAUCUGGUGUAAAACAUACGUAAUUAUUUUAACAACCAAAUAUACGAUUGAAUAUUUGCGUUAUGGUGAUGGAGCGAAAAAAUUUGAAGAUUUCGAAAUUAAGAAUAAAAGUGAUGUUGAAUUGAAUAAUAUAGUCGAUAUAUGCUGCAUCGACGCCGUACAACAUUUUGGUAUUUUGCACGAAAAUGGCAUCGUAAGUGAAUGGCGACUGAAAGGAAAAGAAUUUUGCUUCGAAAAGUCUAAUCGAGUUCCAUACACAGGCUCCCUCUUAUGUUGCGAUUCGGACUUUUUUGUAGCAUCGUCGGAUGGUAGAGUUUGUCAAGUUGGAGGAUGUGAAAUUUACGACAAGCAAGAUUCCAUUCCUGUACAGCAAAUAAUUUCGGAUAACUCGAACGGUUAUUGGAUUAGUAAGCAGCUUAUAGUCGCCAGAUGCCACGAACAGACAAUCGUUGAACAGGCGCUAAUUCCAACCGCCUUUCCUCCUCUAUCUCUCUUCUUAAACGGCUCAAAACUGGGUUGCGUAACCCGCAAUGCCCGUGUCCUCUUUUACGAAAACGGUGAUUGGAGUGAACGAGUAUUGAAAGGAAAUGCAGUUUCUGGUGAAUGGCAGUGUCGCGGCGUUCAUGUGUCAUCUUUAAAAGCCGUUCUAGCCUUGGCAUUAACUCCGGCUCGAACGUACUGUCAUUUAUCCAAUCGGACGCCUUUUGUCGUAAGGAUAUUAGCUCUUGAAAAGCCUACUUCUCUAAGUUUCGGCCCUGAUAUCCUCCUCUACAUGAAAAUGACGGCAAACAAGUUGGACCAUAAUGAAGAUGCUAGGAUUAAGAGAUUCUACGAUAUAUUUACGAGUCUGCAGAAAGGUCAACACGUCGGCGAUUGGCAACAUUUCGACAAAAACUUACAAGUAGACCGCAUUAUGGAAAAAGCUACCAACGGUUCAGUGGUCCGCGCUCACAGGCGAUUUUUGCGAAAAUUUUUCCCGAAGGCAUUGCCGAAUACGGUUGACCUCGAAGAAGAAGAAUGCUUGCCGUGCCGUUCGACGACCUCCGGUGGGCAGAAUGUUCGAACGGACACCGACUUUACAGAUGCCAAAAUUCGUUACUUUCUAUCCCGACUCCCCUUUUCUGGUGCUGUCUAUGCCAGGCGAUGUACGACGGGAAUACUUCUGAAUGCGUCUACUGCAACGUCGAACUUUUAA